UUCAAGUUUAAUGGAAUCGCGUCUCCGCAGCCUUUCACGCGUUUACGUACAUGCAACGAAAUGCAACAAAAUGCUUCGGAAUACAAGCAUUUUAAUCGUAUCUUAUAUAAAGAAGCUCGGAAAGCUACAACGAUUAUUAAAUAUCGGUCGAUAGGAAUAAUUACUAUUUGAACAUCUUCCAACUGGAGUUCCUACGUCUCCAAACACCCUUUAGGAGCUCGGCCUAUUCGUAUUUCUACCAUCCAAGAGGAAUCGUGUCGCAAUGCCUUAUAACACAACGGCAAUUCCGCCUCGCAAGGAGGUUACAGGCCAAACUCAGCUGCCCUUAUCACGAGUGAAGAAGAUCAUAGCACAGGACCAGGACAUUAACAUAUGUUCCAACAACGCCGCAUUCGUCAUCACCCUUGCAACCGAGAUGUUCAUCCAAUACCUCGCCAACGAAAGCUACAACAUGGCCAAAGUCGGCAAGCCCCGCCGCAACAUCCAGUACAAGGAUCUAGCCGCAGCAGUCUCGCACCGCGACAACCUCGAGUUCCUCGAGGACGUGAUCCCCAAGACAGCCCCGUACAAGCAGAUCAAAGCGCAAGCAGCCGCGACGCGCAACCAGCUCAGCAGCGGCACGCCCGGCAUCGAACGGGCGGGCGAUAAGCAGCGCGAGGCACCGGCGACGAAUGGAGGGGGUUCGGCGAAGAAGCACAGACCUAGCACCAGUCGUUCGAGCUUAAAUGGAGGCAGCUUCGUGGGCGCUAGUGGUGCUCGCAUAAUGAGCGAUGACGACGGUGCGGAGAUGGACCCGGCAGAUCAAUUGCAUCAUGAGAUGCGACAGGCGAAUCAGGAAGGGGAUGAGGAUGUCCAUAUGAGUGGAUAGGGGCUAUAUCUCUAGUUUCGAGGUUGAUGAUGAGUUACUAAAUAUAAGUCUGGCGGAAUGCUCUAAUUCUACUUACGCAAGGCUGAAUUUAGUUGUGGCAGGAUAGAGCACAUUGUGUGAAUUAUUCCCGGGUGGUUAGUUCGUGGCGUGUCAGUCACCAUGAAUCGAUUUACUUGCUUGC